CACAAUAACGCCGACGGCGAAGUAAAUAUCUAUGGAACUUACAGAUAGCACUAACUGAUCCUGAGGCGAAUUAUGCUAGCUUGGAGAGAAAUUCAUCUAAACACGAGAUCUCGUCUCAGAUGUCAGUACUCAAUCUAGGACCGYUUGGCUGAAGAGUCAAACUGCGCUGCUUAUCGCGGCGUCGCCAAUAUGGCAAGUGCAUUAAUGAUCACUGCUUCGAAUUCAUGACCAUUUGUUCGAUUKCUGCUUAAGAUAGCUAAUACAAGUUAACGUCCCACUAAAACGAUGAAUGCUUCCGAAAUCAAGAUUUCUUCUAGAUGUCUAUCUCUACUGACUGAUCCUAUUUUCCUCGUUCAAGUACYAGCAUCAGUGGAAUACUUCGAAGGAAGUAUAUUGGCUUUAUUCUUUAUCAAUGUCGUGAUUGCUGCUUUGUCCGCUCUCGCGAAUACAUUGGUCAUUCUUACUGUCAUGAAGACAAGCUCCAUCCGUACACCAUCUAAUAUUCUCAUCGCGGGUCUUGCAUCGACAGACUUGGGGGUUGGACUCUUGGCGCAGGUAUCCUAUAGUAUUUCUAAAAUCUUUGACUUGAAACAAUGGGCCAAGGUUUUCUGUGUGUCGAGCGAAGUGUUUAGCUUUACGAUGUGGAACUUCGGGAUGGCGUCGUUUUACAUCUUGUGCGCCAUUACCGUGGAUCGUUUUCUUGCGAUUCGUCUUCAUUUACGUUAUGGACAAGUCAUAACGAGUAAACGUUGCGUCGGGUUGCUAGUUUGUAUUCAUAGUUUUACCGUUAUUUCUGGUGUAGUUAGGUUAUUCAUCUACGGAAACGCCUUCUUUCCGUUCGCGGCAACACUUUACGGUGUUCCUACGCUUAUAAACGCCGUUCUUGCUGCAGUCAUUGGAAGAAUAGUUCACAAACACACCAAACAAAUCUCAAACCUCCAGCCAACUAAUGCCAUUAACAUGACGAUUUACAAGAAGUCGCUGGUCGCUAUCAUUUACGUAACACUUGCGUUCAUCGUGUGUUAUACGCCGUACUUUGCUACGAUGGUAGUUUCUUUUAAUCUGAAACCUUCGCCAGAAAUCAAGUUAAUAAGAUCGGUAGGCACGACUUUGCUGAUGUUCAAUGGAGUGUUGAAUCCGUGGAUUUAUUUUUGGAGAAUUGAAGAACUCCGCCAUGCAGCACUCCGUCUUUUCUUGAGCUUUAGGCUUGUUCGCAUCAUAAGGGAAAGAUGUCGCACAAAUAUGGACGAGUAAAGUGAAAAGAAACGCAAAUUAGAAGAGAAGAGAUGGGAGAAAUGAGGGAAUAGAAACGAAAAGAAACUGAAAGAUAUGAGAAGACAUGUGACGAGAUACAUAAAAGAAGAGAGAAAGCGAAAAGGAAUGGGAAKUGGGGGAAAAAGGAAGAGGAAAAUGGGAAAAGAAAUGAAACGGCAAAUAAGAGCGAGAUAAAAGUUGAUUUCUCCAAAU